AUGGCGUCUUGGGAUCAAAUGGGGGAACUUGCAACUGUGGCACAAUUGACUGGCGUAGAUGCUGUGCGGCUGAUUGGUAUGAUUGUGAGAGCUGCAAGCACUGCACGGAUGCAUAAGAAAAACUGCAGGCAGUUUGCCCAGCAUCUAAAGUUAAUUGGGAACUUACUGGAGCAGCUCAAGAUCUCGGAGCUGAAGAGGUACCCAGAAACUAGGGAGCCUCUAGAGCAGCUGGAAGAUGCCCUCAGAAGGUCUUACAUAUUAGUCAAUAGUUGUCAGGACCGCAGCUACCUCUAUUUGCUGGCUAUGGGCUGGAACAUUGUUUAUCAGUUCAGGAAGGCUCAGAAUGAAAUUGAUAGAUAUCUGCGUCUUGUUCCUCUCAUUACUCUUGUGGACAAUGCUCGAGUCAGGGAGAGACUUGAAGUUAUUGAGAUGGAUCAACGUGAAUACACAUUGGAUGAUGAUGACCAAAAGGCACAGACAAUUAUUUUUAAACCGGAGCCUGACAAAGAUGACACUGCUGUGUUGAAGAAAACACUAUCCUGUUCUUACCCCAACUGUUCUUUCACUGAAGCACUUAAAAAAGAAAAUGAAAAGCUUAAACUUGAGCUACAACGCUCACAAGCAAAUUUAGAUGUGAAUCAGUGUGAAGUCAUUCAACGUUUACUGGAUGUCACAGAAGUAGCAGCUUAUUCUGUUCCAGAGAAGUGUUCACCAGAGAAAAAUCACAAGAAAGAGGAAUACAAUUAUGCUAAAUCCAGCAGUGACAAGGAGCAUUCUUCUGAUGAAAAAUACCAUACAAAAGUUGACAAGCAUUCACCAUCAAGAUAUUCAGUUGCACAAAAGGAAAUGGUAUCAAAUGGGGGUUCAUAUCCACAGGAAGAUUGGCACACUGAUUUACUUGCUUGUUGUUCUGAGCCUUCUCUUUGUAUGAAGACAUUCUUCUAUCCUUGUGGAACAUUUUCAAAGAUUGCUUCUGUUGCAAGAAACAGGCCCAUAUCCUCUGCAGAAGCAUGUAACGACUUGAUGGCAUAUUCAUUAAUUUUGUCGUGUUGUUGCUAUACUUGCUGCAUAAGGAGGAAGCUUCGGAAGAUGUUGAACAUCACAGGGGGCUUUAUUGAUGAUUUCCUUUCUCAUUUGAUGUGUUGCUGCUGUGCCCUUGUGCAAGAAUGGAGAGAAGUGGAGAUCCGUGGGAUUAGUGGUGAGAAGACCAAAAUAAGUCCUCCACCCUCUCAGUACAUGGAAUCUUAA